AUGGCGGAUAACACCGAUAACCGGAGAACGUUAUGGGGAGUUCCAGAGAAGCUUCAGCUUCACAUAGCGAUGCUUACGUUGCAGUUCGGUUACGCCGGAUUCCACGUGGUCUCGAGAGCUGCUCUCAACAUGGGAAUCAGCAAACUUGUCUUCCCUGUUUAUCGUAACAUCAUCGCGUUGCUUCUUCUCCUUCCCUUCGCUUACUUCCUCGAAAAGAAGGAGAGACCAGCGAUUACUCUAAACUUUCUCAUCCAGUUCUUCUUUUUGGCACUCAUCGGGAUCGAGAAAGUUAGAAUAAACAGAAGAGACGGUAUCUCCAAAGUCUUGGGAACAGCUCUUUGCGUGGCCGGAGCUUCCGUCAUCACUCUCUACAAGGGUCCCACCAUCUACACUCCGGCCAGCCACCUCCACGCUCACCUCCUCACGACCAACUCCGCCGUGUUAGCGCCGUUAGGAGACGCCGCGCCGAAAAACUGGACCCUUGGCUGCAUCUACCUGAUCGGGCACUGUCUCUCGUGGUCCGGUUGGCUCGUUUUUCAAGCUCCCGUUCUUAAAUCUUAUCCGGCGAGGCUCUCGGUUACUUCUUAUACUUGUUUCUUCGGAAUCAUUCAGUUCUUGAUCAUCGCUGCUUUCUGUGAAAGAGAUUCUCAGGCUUGGAUUUUCCACUCCGGUUGGGAGCUUUUCACCAUCCUCUACGCCGGAAUCGUAGCGUCUGGAAUCGCGUUUGCGGUUCAGAUUUGGUGUAUUGACAGAGGGGGUCCAGUCUUCGUUGCUGUUUACCAACCUGUUCAGACUUUGGUCGUUGCCAUUAUGGCUUCCAUUGCUUUAGGCGAAGAGUUUUACUUGGGCGGGAUUAUUGGAGCUGUGCUGAUCAUAGCGGGACUAUACUUUGUGCUGUACGGUAAGAGCGAGGAGAGGAAAUUUGCAGCUCUUGAAAAGGCGGCGAUCCAGUCCUCCGCGGAGCAUGGUAUCGAACGUGCGCCCGUUUCUCGCAGCUCCAUCAAAUCGUCGAUCACUGCUCCACUGCUCCAUCAGUCAACGGACAAUGUUUGA